UCCAGCCCUCAGCCUUAGUGUGGCUUCGGCCGUGGUGGAGUGAGGGUGUGUGUUGCUGUGCCUCUCCUCGACCCCCUGGCGUUCCCGACCUAGUUUAUCGACUUGGCUUCUUAAAGUGGUGUAGGAAAGCAGGUGUGUAGGUGUGUAAUGAUCAAUAAAUGCUUACCCCACUACCCCCACAACACGCAAAAAAUAGACCUAACCAAUGUGUUGAAGGGCGUGAGUGACUGACCCCGGGAGUGAACCAUCAACAGUGCGUCAGCUCGUAACCCCUUGGCCGUGUAGCGCUGUGUUGUGAGCCAUGUACCGCCCACUGUCUGCCGCGUGGGUGGAGUGGGCAGUGUUGUGGGGCUAAGGGGGAAGGCACAGGCAAGCACGCAGAAAGGUGGACAAAUUGAGUGAAGAUUGAUAGAGAGAUUGAAACGAAAGACGGACAGAGACAAGGAAUUCAGAGAUAGAAAUUAAAACAAGCGGAGACAAACAUUGAAAGACGGAGACUUCGACAAAGAGAUAAAGAAAUAAAAAAAAUAUAAAAAAGACAGAUGGAGUGAAACUAAGACACAAUAUAAAAAUAGACAGUAAAAGAGAGAUUACGAGAGACAAAUCAAAAAAACAAAAGACAAAACAGACGAAUAAUCAAACAAUGAAACAAACAGACAAGCAUACACCUUGAACAGACUAGACUGGUAAACACAGACAGACAGACAGGCAGACAGUAAUGGCUGGAAUAUUAACGUGCUGUCUGGACCGGGAGAGGCUGUCGGAUGCUGUGGAGGCCUUGGCUGUGAAAUGCCCGGAUGCUACCUGUUGUUGCGCUUGCUGCUCUGCAUUCCGUCCUCGCUACAAGAGACUGGUUGAUAAUAUAUUCCCCGCCAUUCCGGAGGAUGGACUGGUCAAGAGUAACAUGGACAAGCUGAUGUGGUAUGCUAUGAACUCCCCUGACAAAUUGGACCGGAUUGGGGAGUACCUAGCAUACAGGUUGUUCAGGGACAUCAACAGAAGGAAGACAGGAUACGUCAUCAUCUCAAUGGAUGCCCUGGACCAGUUGCUUAUCUCCUGCCACGCCAACAACCUCAAUCUUUUCGUCGAGUCUUUCUUGCAAAUGGUACAGAAGCUUCUUGAGUCAACCGAACCUGCCCUUCAGCUGAGAGCCACACAGUCGUUUGAGAAGUUCGCCAACAUACGAGAAGACACUCCUUCUUAUCACCGUCGCUACGAUUUCCUGGUCAGCAAGUUCUCCUGCAUGUGUUACUCCAACGAUGACAACGAGGCAACACGAAAGCAUCUCAGGACUGCUGGCAUCAAGGGACUGCAGGGUGUGGUGCGCAAAACAGACUGGGACAACCUUGGAGAGAACAUCUGGCUACCCACACAUAUGGAAAAAAUUGUCCCAUCACUUCUGUACAACAUGCAACACAGCUCUCUGUACACUGAGGAGACCAAGCCCACAGCAGAUGCCCCAGACAACCACCACCACCACCACCACCAGGGGGACGGAGAGAAGGAACCACACGAAUUGGCUGAAAUGUGUUUACGGGAGCUUGUGUCGCGUGCCACUUAUGGCAAGAUACAUAAUGUUGUCAAGCCUCUGCUGAUGCACAUGGACUUGCAGGGGCUCUGGGUCAACAAUACAUUUGCCGUACAGGUGUUCAAGAUCCUUAUGUACUCUAUACAGGUUCAGUACAGCAUAACGAUCAUUGAGCUUAUCAUGAGCCAUCUUAACGAGAAGGGGAGUGAGUCAGCAAAGAUCAGAACAGGCAUUGCUGAUGUGCUGUCGAAGGUCAUACCCAUCGCUGCCGGGGAGUGUAUAGGUCCGUCAGUCAUCGAGAUCAUUAAUUCCCUUCUGGAGCACAUUCGAGCCUCAGUGGUGGGGGGGGCGAGUGGAGAGGAGGGGUCAGCGGAGAGGAUGUACCAGGAGACCCUCAUCCACGCACUUGGGGAGUAUGCGAACCACCUGCCAGAUUACCAGAAGGUGGAUUCCAUGGUGUUUAUCUUGAAUAAGGUCCCCGGCAGUGACAGGGUGGAUGACGUAGGCUCACAACGUCCUGAGGCAGAGGUGAAGCUGCAACAUAUUCUUCUCAAGUCACUGCUUAAGGUGGGGACGAAAUACACCACAGAACAGUACAGCAAGACAUUCGCACAGUCGUUCCUGGUGCGGCUGAUGCGUUUGAGCAUGUCCAGCGAUGCGGAGGUGCGGCUGACAGUGCAACACAUCCUGCACACACUGCUCGACCGGCACCACAAUGCUCACAAGCUGGCCAAACCUACCCUGGAGAUCACCAAGCUGGGCCUGACGUUCGCCAAACCGGUGCGACAGGACGUUAAUUUCUGGCGUAAGUCGGGCACGGAGCUCCUGCUGUCGGCUCAGGAGAACUGUGAGUUUGCCAACAAUACCCUGGCAAACCUGGAAGCUGUGUUCACCACCCUCAUGCUGCUGCUGCUGGAGAUCCGGUCCGAUGAUGUGAUUGUGGAUAUUCUGAGGGUUAUGUUUCACGUACAGGGCGCGGCGCAGAGUGGGAGUGUGAAGGGCGCAGCUGCCAUCCAACUGCACGGCCUGGUAUCCUCAGUGAUGAUGGCUGUGGCUCACCUGGUCCCCACAUUGAAGGAUCAUGUGGCUGCGGUCGUGAAGAACAGGUCAGACCGCGCGACCCACCUGCUGCCUGACCUCCUGCCUCAGUACGACCCAACCCUGCCCUUUGCUGGCCUGCCCGAGGACCUUCUCUUUGAUAAUGCCACUGUUCUUGACCUUCUCAGUGGCACCAGCUUGGAUGAGAAGCGAUUAACAGCCAGUGUGUCCAGCAUGAAGCGUCGCCACUCAGGGGGACACAACACCUCAAACUCUGCCAUGGACAUCAACGCAAUCAGUGUGGAGGUGGACAGUGCCUGCUCCUCGCCCGGCCUGCCUAGGAAGCCACUGGAGGAGGAGAUCACCUUCGAGUCACUCAAGAAGGUGCUGAUGGAGAGCCCAGAGCAGAAACGGAAAGCAGAGGAAGAGAAGCAGAGACGUCAGAUUACAGAAGCCUUCAUGACAGAAUCGUUCGAAGCGCUGUUUGCCAAAAUCCAAGCACGCCAGCCAGAUAACCUCCACAAUAAGUUGACGGAGAUAUUCAACCGCCUUCCACCGCCCUCCUCCACCGCCACCACCGCCUCCGCCACCACCACCACCGCCACAGCUGCUACGACUUGUGACUCCGCAGCUGCCCUCAUCUCUGCCACCUCCAACUCCCCCUACCAGCUUCCCUACCCAGAUAUUAUCAUUUAUUAACAUUAGUUUGUCUCUCUCUCUCUCUCUCUCUCUCUCUCUCUCUCUCUCUCUCUCUCUCUCUCUCUCUCUCUCUCUCUCUCUCUCUCUCUCUCUCUCUCUCUCUCUCUCUCUCUCUCUCUCUCUCUCUCUCUCUCUCUCUCUCUCUCCUUCCUCUCUUUCAAGCCCAAACACACACACACACACACACACACACAAACAAACAAACAAACAAACACACACACACACAAUAUUCUCUUUUAUAUUCCAAGAGAUAACUAAAAUAAAUAAUUGUUUGAUACAGUGUUAGAGAGAGAGAGAGAGAGAGAGAGAGAGAGAGAGAGGGGUGGGGAGAGAGAGAGAGAGAGAGAGAAAGGGGGGCCACUCAUAGAGAUUAAAGUUUUAGAUUUUCUUUACUAAACUUAAGCAAUUUUAUAUUUAAUUUAAUUCACAUUUAGACUUUUUAUUUUUUUUAUUUAUUUCUACAGUGAGAUGGUUUGUGUGUGUGUGUGUGUGUGUGUGUGUGUGUGUGUGUUGUGAGCAUAGUGAUGGAUUGUGUCGGAAAUAGAAAAUAAUGUUAAUUCUGCCUUUUGACUUGAUUUGUAUAUAUUGCUUAGACACAGAGAGAGAGAGAGAGAGAGAGAGAGAGAGAGAGAGAGAGAGCAGUUUAGUAAAAUCCUCAAGACAAGAGAAAUGAUGAUAAUAAUAAUAAUAAUAAUAAUAAUAAUAAUAAUAAUAAUAAUAAUAAACAAGACAGUUUUUGCCACUAUAUAACUUGUAUAGAUAAUAUUUUUUUUGUUUUCAUAAUAUUUUGUCAAAUAUUUUGUUUCUCACCACUUUUUAAACUCCCAACAAACUAUUUUGCAUUUAUGACUCUCUAUACAUAUAUGUGUGUGUGUGUGUGUGUGUGUGUGCAUUUGUGUGUAUAUUCAUGCAUCUAGUAGUAGCAUACAGCCAGCGUGUGCGUGUGUGUGUGUGCGUGCAUGCAUGUGUAUGCAUGUCAGCCUUUUAGAAGCAAGACACUAGAUAGUUACAAUUAAAUGUCUGUAAAUAUAAUAAGCAAAAGAGGGAAAGAAAGAUUUAAACAUUUGAAUUAAGUAUCAUUACCAAUUAAGUCCACACAAAGUACUGUAAACUCACACAAACCCGUCACAGUGUUGCCAGUGUGGGUGUGUGGGGCGGUGGUGCAGUGGCUAGCAGCUUGCCUCACUGUAGGGGACCCAGGUUGGAGUACUGGGUGUGGGAGAGAUGGCUUAUGCAGUUGUUGUUCUUAUUUGAGGGUUUGGCAUCAUGUACAAGUCCCCUCCAGCUGUUUCUCUCCCUUACAUCUUCCAAUACUACCUCCUCCUUCUUCUGCUCUCCCUUGGCUGUUUCUCCAGUAAGGAUUGGGCAUCAUGUACAAGCCCCCUCCAGUUGUUUCUGUCCCUUGCAUCUUCCUCAGUGCCUCCCAUCACCUGCAGUUCCAUCUCACUCUCUGUCUUCCCCUUGAUCUUCCUCCCCACGCUCUCUGUUACCCAGUGGCAGGUCUGUCUUCAUUCUUAGCUGUUCCUUCCCUCAUGCAUACAAUUUUCAAAGGCCACAUAGAGAAAUAUACACAUUCUCACUGCUCUUUCCCCAGUGAUUAUGUAGAAAUAUUGUUAAACUGUCACUGUAGUCAUAAAAACAUCCUUGAAAAAUACUAUGUUUAUCAGGAAAAGAGUUGAAAUUGAAGGUGGAAGUGUUUGAGAAUGUGGACUUUAGUUGGGAGACUGUCUGUGUGGUGGUCUGUUUGUGUGACUCCUGACAAACUGAGGAGAGAGUGAGAGAGUGCAGUUAUGUCUCUCCCACUCCCUCUCUCCCGUUGAUGGUAGAGGAAAUAGAUAAGAGAUUGAAUUAAGAGUACUGCCAUCCUGUCUUGAAAGACAGAAUGUUAAGAGAGAGAGAGAGAGAGUGCAGUUAUGUGUCUCUCUCUCUCUCUUUCUCUUUCUAUCAUAAUCUUGUCACUUAUAAGAAAGAAUAUGUUAGAGGUUGAGUUAAUCUUGUGGAUAAUGAGUGAAAUACUACCACCAGUUUAGGAAGUAUUAGAAAACAGGAUGAUGUGUUAAAUAUGUAGUAUAGAUUCCUGUUUGGCUUUGAUUGAGUUGAAGGAAAUUAUAUAAGCUUUAAAAAGACAGUUGAAAAUGUGAAAAUAACAAUAAUGAAUGUAUGCAUUUGAUAAAGUAAAAAUAGUUUGAAGUUGAAAAUAUAUAUAAAAUAAAUAGUUGAAAUAUGAAAAAAAGAUAAUUAAGUUUUAUAUUUAAGUCUGUUCUCUAUCAGGUUUUCUUUCAAUUAAUAAAGAGAAAAGUAAAA